CUGACCCCCACCUCCCAUAGGUGCUGUCCUGCUGUGGAAUCCCUUUGCUCAGUUUUCUCCUAUCCAAUCAGGUGGAAUGUUUCACAGGCACAUGGUUUAUACAGCUCAAAAUAACUUGGGACCUGUGAGCUGACAAAUGCUCUGGCUCCGGUGGUGACAGGUUGUCCAGCUUCUAACAGCCAUCUUCACUGAAACUAAGGUUAACUCCUCACUCUGCGGACGGCUACUCUCCAUUUCCAAGGGCGUGAAGAAUUUUCUUUUUCUCCUGUGCUUUCAUCUAAAAGUUCUCCUUGGAUAAUUAUCAUCACGGUGGAGUGUUUGGACAUCCUCAUCUGGGUCAACUAAAAAAAGAAAGCAUGCAAGACGACAGCCUAGAAGCUUCUACUUCCAUAUCUCAGCUUCUAAGAGAGAGCUAUUUAGCUGAAACUAGACAUCAGGGAAACAAUGAGAGGAGUCGAGCAGAGCCUUCCUCCAACUCUUUCCAUUUUGGCAGUCCUUCUGGAGCUGCUGAAGGUGGAGGAGGCCAAGAUGACCUUCCAGAUCUUUCAGCCUUUCUGAGCCAAGAAGAAUUAGAUGAAAGCGUCAAUUUGGCAAGACUGGCAAUCAAUCAUGACCCUUUGGAGAAAGCAGAUGAAGCCCAAGCUAGAAGAUGUUUUUCUUCUGAUCAGAUGAAACACUCACCUAAAUCAAGUUUUGACCCUAACUUCUGCCAGGAUAACUCUCGAAGUCCUACCAACUCUAAAGAGAGCCUCCAGGAGGCAAAAAGGCCACAGUAUAGUUCUGAAACCCAGUCCAAAAAAGUAUUCUUAAAUAAGGCUGCCGAUUUCAUUGAAGAGCUGUCAUCCCUUUUCAAAGCCCAUAGCUCCAAAAGGAUUAGACCUCGUGCCUGCAAAAACCACAAGAAUAAAUUGGAAUCUCAAAGCAAAGUUAUGCAGGAAAACAGCUCCAGUUUCUCAGAUCUGUCAGAAAGAAGAGAAAGAUCUUCUGUUCCCAUCCCUAUCCCUGCAGAUACCAGGGAUAAUGAAGUGAACCAUGCCCUUGAACAGCAGGAAGCCAAGAGGCGCGAAGCUGAGCAGGCUGCCAGUGAGGCAGAUGGGGGAGACACCACCCCGGGGUCUUCUCCUUCGUCUUUGUACUAUGAAGAACCUCUGGGGCAACCUCCCCGGUUCACUCAAAAGUUACGGAGCAGAGAAGUUCCAGAAGGAACCAGAGUACAGUUGGAUUGCAUAGUGGUAGGAAUUCCACCACCUGAAGUAAGGUGGUACUGUGAAGGCAAGGAGCUUGAAAAUUCCCCAGACGUUCACAUCAUCCAGGCAGGAAAUCUGCACUCACUGACCAUUGCUGAAGCCUUUGAAGAGGACACAGGACGCUAUUCCUGCUUUGCUUCUAACAUCUAUGGGACAGAUUCAACUUCUGCUGAGAUUUACAUAGAAGGGGUUUCUUCUUCUGACUCAGAAGGGGACCCUAACAAGGACGAAAUGAAUCGAAUCCAGAAGCCAAAUGAGGUGUCAUCCCCUCCCACUACUUCUGCAGCCAUUCCUUCAGCAGUACCCCAAGCCCAGCAUGUGGUGGCCCAGCCCAGUGUGUCAACCAUUCAGCAGUGUCAGAGCCCUACCAACUAUCUGCAAGGAUUGGAUGGAAAACCUAUCAUUGCAGCUCCUGUGUUUACAAAGAUGUUACAAAAUUUAUCAGCCUCUGAGGGUCAGCUAGUUGUCUUUGAAUGCAGAGUAAAAGGAGCUCCAUCUCCUAAAGUUGAGUGGUAUAGAGAAGGGACCUUGAUAGAAGAUUCUCCAGAUUUUAGAAUUUUACAGAAAAAACCUCGAUCCAUGGCAGAGCCAGAGGAGAUCUGUACUUUGGUCAUUGCUGAGGUAUUUGCGGAAGACUCUGGGUGCUUCACCUGUACUGCAAGCAAUAAAUACGGCACAGUGUCAAGCAUUGCACAGCUAGAUAUAAGAGGAAAUGAAGACCCCAGAAACAAUGGGUCUCUUCACUCAGCCAACUCUACCACCAACCUGGCUGCUAUUGAGCAACAGCCGUCCCCACCCAACCCAGAGCCGCCUUCUGUGGAACAACUCCCUAAACCCAAACUGGAAGGCGUUCUGGUGAACCACAACGAGCCCCGGUCCAGCUCAAGGAUCGGGCUCCGUGUCCACUUCAACCUGCCUGAAGAUGACAAAGGAAGUGAAGCAUCCUCUGAGGGUGGCAUGGUGACCACCAACCAGACCAGGCCUGAUUCCUUCCAGGAGAGAUUCAAUGGACAGUCAGCAAAAAUCCCUGAGCCUUCCUCGCCCGUCAAAGAGCCCCCUCCAGUUCUGGCCAAACCCAAACUAGAUUCCAGCCAGCUACAACAGCUUCACAAGCAAGUCUUACUGGAACAACAGCAGUUGCAAAACCCAUCUCCUUCAUCUCCUAAGGAGUUUCCUUUCAACAUGAGUGUUUUGACCUCCACUGCUGUCCCAGCGGUGACAAUGUCCGGCAAGCAGGUGAAGGCCCCUUCAUCACAGACAUUCAGCUUGGCCCGGCCAAAGCACUUCUUCCCCUCCACGAGCACCACUGCAGCAACUGUGUCCCCUUCCAGCUCUCCAGUGUUCACCCUGAUCAGCACUCCUCAAGCCAUGCAGAGGACAGCGAGCAAAGAAAGCCUCUUAGUUUCCCAGCCCUCGGUGCAAACCAAAUCUCUAGGAGGGGUUUCUGCCCAAAACGAGCCACCUCCUCCAGGUCUGACAGAGCCAGCACAACUGCCACUCACAUUUUCCAUCUCCAGUGGAAACCAGUUUCAGCCCCACUGCGUGUCCCCAACUCCUGUCUCUCCCACCGGCCGGAUUCAGAACCCAGUGGCUUUCCUCAGCUCCGUCCUGCCUUCUCUCCCUGCCAUCCCACCCACCAAUGCCAUGGGGCUGCCUAGAAGCGCACCAUCCGUGCCAUCCCAGGGACGAAUGAAGAAACAUAUAAAGUCUUCCCAACCAGUGAAUGAUGAUUACAUUCGUGAAACUAAGAAUGCGGUGAUUCUAGACUUGGGUAAAAAAAUGAAUUUCAGUGAUGUCAGAUCAAACCAGCAGGAGUACAAAAUUUCAAGCUUUGAGCAGAGGCUGAUGAAUGAAAUAGAGUUUCGCUUGGAACGCACCCCUGUUGAUGAAUCAGAUGAUGAAAUCCAACAUGAUGAGAUCCCCACGGGCAAGUGUAUAGCUCCCAUCUUUGACAAAAGACUCAAGCACUUCCGGGUCACCGAAGGCUCUCCAGUGACAUUCACCUGCAAAAUUGUUGGGAUACCUGUCCCAAAGGUUUACUGGUUCAAAGAUGGGAAGCAGAUUUCAAAAAGAAAUGAGCACUUCAAAAUGAGGCGAGAAGGAGACGGGACGUGUUCUCUGCACAUUGACUCCACCACCGGCGAUGACGACGGCAACUACACCAUCAUGGCGGCCAACCCCCAGGGGAGAAUCAGCUGUUCUGGCCACUUGAUGGUACAAGGUUUGCCCCUUCGAAGUCGACUAACAGCUGCUGGUCAGUCUCACAGAGUAAGGUCCCGAGCGCAAGAAAGAGACAAAGAGCCCCUACAGGAACGAUUUUUCCGACCACAUUUCCUGCAGGCUCCUGGGGAUAUGGUAGCUCACGAGGGGCGCCUCUGUCGCCUGGACUGUAAGGUGAGUGGCUUACCGCCUCCGGAGCUGACGUGGCUGCUCAAUGGCCAGCCUGUACUCCCCGACACCUCCCACAUGAUGCUGGUCAGGGAGACCGGAGUCCACUCUUUGCUCAUUGACCCGCUCACUCAACGUGACGCAGGGACCUACACCUGCGUUGCUACCAACAAAACCGGACAGAAUUCCUUUAGUCUGGACCUCACUGUAGUAGCCAAAGAAGUGAAGAAAGCGCCUGUAAUCCUGGAGAAACUGCAGAACAGCGGUGUUCCCGAAGGCCACCCGGUGAGACUGGAGUGCCGGGUCAUAGGCAUGCCUCCACCUGUGUUCUACUGGAAGAAAGGCAACGAGACCAUCCCCUUCACCAGAGACAGGAUCAGCAUGCACCAGGACACAACUGGGUAUGUCUGCCUCCUCAUUCAGCCAGCCAAGAAAUCAGACGCUGGAUGGUACACAUUGUCAGCCAAGAAUGAAGCUGGCAUCGUGUCAUGCACUGCCAGGUUGGAUAUAUACGCUCAGUGGCACCACCAGAUCCCACCACCCAUGUCUGUCCGGCCCAGUGGCAGUCGCUACGGAUCUCUCACCAGUAAAGGACUCGACAUUUUCUCUGCUUUCUCCUCCACGGAAAGCACAAUGGUGUAUUCAUGCUCUUCUCGGAGUGUAGUGGAGAGUGAUGAACUUUAAGAAUGUCUGGGUGCCUGCUGUGUAAGGGGGUGGACUGUGGAGGGGGAAGGAAGACCAGCCAGAUACGAUGGUUUCCAAGCAACUGGAUUUGAGUAAGUUCCCGCUCUGCCCGACCUGUGGCAAGGAGAGCUUUGAGUAAGUCAGCUGGGGACUCUUGCAGUCUCAGCUCAGGGAGAGAUGGAGGGCUGUGCCUUUUAAGAUUCCAACAAAAUGAGAAGACAAUACAGACGAACCAAAGAUGUCAUGCAGCUGCCAUCCACUGCUUUGGGGAAAAGCUAGCAUGCUUCCCUGCCCCCUGCUGCGCUGGGGUACUCAGGCCCUUCUAGGAGCAGUUAGGGGCCAGAUGCUUGGGCUGAGAGGAGUUGGACAGUAGUGACCUUAGGAAUCACCAACUCACUAAACAAUGCAAAGGAAAAAGGCAGGGGGGGUCUCCACCACCUUUCAUUGAUUGCAUCCAUAGCAGUAGUUUCGGUGGAUUUAUUAAAUCAGCUUCUACUUAGCACUAGGAGUCUGUGCCAUACCACUCACAUACGUGGAGAAGCACUUUUGAUUUGCUUACCCUGGGUGUACUGAGCCACAUAACAAAGUGCCAAAAUGUGAUUGAGAUACCAAAAAAAAAAUCACUGAAACACUAAAUAUUGCACAGUGCACUUAUUCUAUAGCCAAAACAGGGACCCACCACCCUGCCUGCACCAUUUCCUUUUGGAUACAAUGGUGAGUGGUUUUUCUUUCUGACUACAUAUAUAUAUAUAUAUAUAUAUAUAUCACUAGGCUCUAGGACUAAGGGGUUGUUAAUAAACCAACCAGAAGGAAAUCUUCUGCGGGGUCACUUUUAAAACUACAAGCUUCAGUUGCCACUUGCAAAAAUAUUCAGGCAUCAUCAUCAUCUGCCCAUAGAAUAUUGACUCUCCCGCUUCUCCCCUCGCCCCAAAAGUCUGCAAGUAUAUGAAGCAGUGAGAAAGGAAGAAAUGCAAACCAGGAGAGGAAGUGAUGGGAGAGUGGUUUUUGUUUUUUCAUUUGCCCAAGCAAAAGCAAAGCAGUGGCUGUAGAAGGAGAGGUCUUUAAUAGUUGUGAACUGCUUUGAGAUCAUUAGUCAAAUUGCAUUUUCUAUACAGAAAAUAUUAUGCUAACUGAGAAAGCGGGAGGGACAGAGAAUGUGCAUCUUUAUUCUAACCCACUAAUUCAAAGCCUGCCUCUCCACUUAAGGAAUUUUUAGACUUAAGUUCACUGUGAUAUCCCAGUGCCUAGAAGAGUGCUUAGCACAAAGUAGACAUUCGAUAACUAUUUGUUGGAUGAAUGAAUCUUAUAUUAGAGAAAUCUACAACAUAUGCACCAGUCAAAAAAUUGCCCUAGGGAUGGUCAUCACGGCACAGUUUGCUCCAGAUUCACCAGGGAAAUGAAUUGGAGUGUCUGUUACCAACUCCUUGUGCCCAAGUCCUUGGUGUUCUCUGAGCCAGACAUCCUCAGCUGGCAUCUUACUCAAGUGAACAAAUAGUAAUUGCUUAGAAAGGCUUGAAAUUUUCUUCACUUCAAGGCAAGGAUUUCCAGUAUAAAAAUAAAUUCAUUCACUCAAAAAAUCA